CCAGUGACCUGUUGGUUGGCUGUGAAUGCAGACCCUGGAGAUGAAGACUCUGUUCCUGGCCAUCAGCUUCUGCCUGGCUGCUGCCCUGCAGGUCCAGGACUUAUCGCCUCUUACUCUGAAUAGCCGGCAUUUUUCUGGAAAGUGGUUCAUGAAGGCCUUGGUGAUGAAAAACGGGAUCCCGAUAAAGAAGGUUUCUCCUAUAUUUGUGUUGGUGCUGGACAAUGGUGACAUGGAGUUUUCCAUCACAUAUAUACUCUUUGGCCAGUGUAUGGAAGUGACAACCAUCUUGGAGAAAACAGAUGUGCCUGGCAAUUACAGUGCCUUUGAGGGUAAGAGUCACAUGCAGGUGCAGCUGUCUUCUGUGAAGGACCACUGGAUACUCUACUGUGAAGGGGAGAUGGACGGCGUGAGCGUCACAAUGACCCAGCUCAUAGGGAGGGACUUCAAGGAAAACCUAGAGGCCUUGGAAGAAUUUAAGGAGUUCACACAGAAAAAGGGACUUGUACCAGAGAACCUGGUCAUACCGGAGCAGUUGGAAAAAUGUGAACCGGAGAGUUAAGAGGACGCUCUCUCCAUUCUAGAGCAUUGUGGACCAAGACUCCAAGGCCGCCCAAGGCAGAACGGCCAGAAUCUCUGUCCUGCGGGACAUGGAAAGAGUGUCCUGCUGGGCCAUCUGAUUUCUCUUCUCUCUUCCCCGUUCCUCCCUCCUCCUCCUCCCCUGCUCCUCAAUAAAGAGCUUCA